AUGUAUUUCACCGUAUUUGCCAUCAUUUCACUCUCCGUGUUCCACUCACUUUUUGCAUAUCCAUCUGGCUCUGGCUGUCGCAUGAACAAAAAAGACCUUCGAACUUGCUCGAAUGAGAUUAUUUUCCCGCAAUCCAGCGUGAUGCCGACUUCUUCUGAAAUUCCGACCAUGCCUACUGAAACCACCGACAUUUCCCCAUCAUUGAUGCCCACCCAAGUUUUCCCGUCUGCCAUGCCAACGGAGAGCUCGAUGACGCCUGUUUUCCCCAUGGGAUCGCCAGUGUUUCCCAGCGGCACGGCUACGCAAACUUUUCCUCAAAUCUUCACCACCAUGACGACCAUAAUGCCUACUGUGACUGUCACCGAAACCGUGCCGCCAGUGAUAUCUACGGAAACGCAAACCCUGAUCUCGAUUUCUUUUGAAACAAUAGCCUCCACGCAAUUUGUCACGUCUACCUUUUUGGAUACGACAACGAUCUUUUAUCCCACAACGACGACUGAAAGCGUUCUUGUGACUGAAACCCAGUCUCUGACUUUGACAGAGACCCUACCUGCAGAUACGGUCACACUUACAAUGACCGAACCUUGCCCUACUUCCAGUUUGACUGCGCUUCCCACCGACAGCUAUGGAUCGAAGACACCUGCAUACAACUAUAAUGGCGAAGAUGAUGAUGAAGGGUAUGGCGGUAACAAAAAUUACUAUGACAUGCCGAGCUACGGCGCACCAAAAUCCGGCUCCUAUAACCGCUAA